AUCUGCCGGAGGAUGGAGAUGCUCCACCCAAAAACAGGCAAAUACUGCAUCUCAAAACUGAACUGCACGAGUUAUCAAAACCAUAUCUCUGCUGAACACACACAGCUGAGGAGAACACGGCUUUAUCGCACUGUUCUCACACACACACACCUGAGGAUGUCGGGAAGCUCCGGGAACGGGAAGCUGCGUCAGUGGCUGAUUGAACAGGUGGAUUCUGGGAAAUAUCCCGGGUUAGUGUGGGAGGACCGGGAGCGAAGCACCUUCAGGAUCCCGUGGAAACACGCGGGGAAGCAGGACUAUAACCGGGACGAGGACGCGGCGCUCUUCAAGGCCUGGGCUCUAUUCAAGGGGAAGUAUCGCGAGGGAAUCGAUAAAGCGGAUCCUCCGACCUGGAAGACGCGUCUCCGGUGCGCGCUGAACAAGAGCAGCGACUUCGAGGAGCUCGUGGGCCGAAGCCAGCUGGACCUAUCAGAACCCUUCAAAGUCUACCGGGUUAUUCCUGAGGGAAGCAAAAGAGGACUAAAACCAUAUGAGAAAGUUUCCACAAGCUCAGGUCACCAAAACUACCCGUUCUAUCCCUCAUAUCAGCCUGUGGAGGCUCAGGUGCGCAACUUCCUGUCUGUUCCUGACCGAAGCUGGAGGGACUUCCUGUGUGAGCAGAACUCACUGUCAGACACUCACUCCAGCCAGAACUCACGCUGGGACACUGGGUACCAGAUAAGUGGAUCUUUCUACAGCUGUAACACAUUUGACUCCCCUCCGUCACCGUUCACCCUAGAGACCAGUAUGAGAUCAGCAGAGGCCAUGGCACUGUCAGACCCGCGUCUGCAGGUGACGGUGUUCAGCGGCGAGACUCUGUUCGCUGACGUCACGGUGACGAGUGUCGAGGGCUGUCGACUGGCUCCUCCCCCUGACAGCUGGAGCCCCGGCGGCCCCGAGCUGGUUCCCCUUCCUCAGGCGGAGCGAGGAGCGCUGGAGGGAGGCGUUCUGCUCUGGAUGACGCCCGAUGGCCUGUAUGCCCGCUGCUUCUGCCAGAGCCAGGUGUACUGCGACACGACACACACACACCUGAGCGACAAACUCUGUCAACUAGAGAGGGAGCAGACCAGCAAAGUCCUGGACACACAGAUCUUCCUCACAGAACUCCAGGGUUAUUUCCUGCACGCACGUCCUCCUCCGCGUUUCUACGUGCAGCUGUUCUUCGAGAGCUGUGACCCCUCUGCAGACAAGCGACCCCUGACCGUCCAGGUGGAGCCGCUGUUCGCCCGGCAGAUGAUGCUCCUCCUCCAGCAGGGCGGCAUCGGUUACAUGAGAAGCACCUAUGAACUUUCACCUCUGACCCCUGAGCAGAUUUACACACAUCCAGAUCUCCCUGCCAUCAACGGACACCAGACGCAUGGGAACUUCAUACAAGAGUGACCCCGCAGAAGUUGCAAGACGUUUCUAGAUUUUACUGUGUGUUGGCAAAGUAAAAUAUACCAAUUUGGCAGUUCAUAUUAAUGACCCCAAAACAACAUGUUUACAGUUGCAGAGCCACGUAGCAAUUAAUGCAUUAAUACAAAGUGUGUCACAACAUUUUACAGGUCUUCCAAAACAAAAUACAUAAUAAAUAACUAUAGUAUUAUAU